AUGAAUGACAUAAUUUCUACUAAAUUAUUCGAGGCUGAAGAUGUAUCUGUAUUUAGAAUCCCUCCAGGUGAGCUCUCCUUGUCCAAAUGGGAUCUAAGUGAUUCAAAUACUAUAUGGAAGGGUAGCUUACGACUAACUGAAGAAGAAUUAAUUCAAGAGGAUAAGGGGGUAUUUUGCAAUGGAUCCAACGGAGUUGAAUCGGAGUGUUUGUCGUCUUUUACAGUGGGAGAUAAGCCCUCCGCAUUUUUUGAAAAGGAUUCGGAAGUUGCUCCUAUUAAGCCAUAUAGAGGAUUACGACUCAAAUUAGAGUUUUUUAACUUCAAAAACUCGCUGGUUGUGCCUCCGAAUGAAUCUCGCAUGGAGGAUGAAAAAAUAUGGGCGGAAGUUUGGUAUAAUCCGUUGCCAGCUGAAGAGGAUAAUUCUGGUGUAGAUUUUACACAAUACUGCAUUGCAAAUAACAGAGAAGAGACAAUUCAAAUGACACCACAAUCUUCAAAAUUCUAUAAAAUCAUUGUCCAAUUGCCAGGAUCUGGUUAUCAUCCUUUCAUUCAAGAGGAAGAGCAAAUUGAAGAAGGUUAUUUGUUGCAAGUUGCAUUAGGCUUGAAAAUCAGUGAGAACUUUGCGGCAAUAUCUUUCUCUGAAAGUCUUAAUAUAUAUAGACGAAGAUUUAAGAACUUUGUCGAUCAGUAUAAUUACGAAUUACGCUUAUCGGAAGUUGAAAGUAGACAAAACCUGUUAUCUAUAAAUAAUAAUGAUAUCCCUGAUGAUUCCAGAACAGACGAAGGUUCUGUGAAUCAGGCACCUGGAAACUUUGCCGAUAAUGAUGAUGAAAAUAAUGAUGAUAAUGACGAUGAUGAUUUUGGAGAUUUUGUGGGUGGAUGA